CAUCGUGAUUGUGAUCUGGAAUAGAAGUGUUUUUUCUAGAAAGACAUUCAAGUUCAACAUCGGUUUACGGUAUAUUUCGUGACUAGUAAAAUACAUCUCGGACAAUUAUGGAGACCAUCGGGGAACAUAACACGGUUUUUCCGAAACUAAACGUGGAGGAAGAGCCAGAACUGGGGGUCACAGAGAUAGAGUCCAUGUGCAUGAAUUGUCAGGAGAAUGGUAUGACGCGCCUUCUACUGACCGAAAUUCCUUUUUACAAGCAAGUGGUAAUAAUGUCGUUCUCCUGUGAGCAUUGCGGGUAUGAAAACAACGAAAUACAACCGGGUGGUGAAAUCGCCCCGAAGGGCAUUACCAUCUGCACCAAGGUGACAACGGCGCGCGACUUGAAUAGGCGCGUUGUGAAAUCGGACUUUUCUUCCAUACGGAUAGAGGAGCUUGAUUUUGAGAUUCCGGCCCAAUCGCAGAAGGGUGAAGUGACCACGAUUGAGGGCAUUAUCGAUCGGGUGAUACGUGGGUUGGAACAGGACCAACCAGUGCGUCGAAUCCAGCACCCCGAAGCGGCCGAAAAGAUAGACGAAUUUGUCACCAACUUGCAGGGGCUCAAGGAUCUCAACAGUCCCUUCACGCUAGCACUGUCCGACAUUUCCGGCAACAGUUUCAUUGAGAAUCCCAACGCGCCACUAAAAGAUCCGGCAACGACAAUUUCACACUUCAAGCGCACGAAAGAACAAAAUCACCUUCUCGGUAUUUUCACACACGACGAGGUUGAUGAGUGUCCGGCGGACGCCGGUAGUUCACCAAAGAAGCCGAAACUUGCCGAAGUGCCGGAAGAAGUGGACAGUCUGCUGAAACCGAUCAAGGAAGGUGCCUGGACGCUGGAAGAACUGCAGGGAGAGGUGCUGCAGUUUCAAACACAAUGCCCAGAGUGCUCGGCCCAGUGCGAGACCAACAUGAAGGUGACGAAGAUACCGCACUUCAAGGAGGUGGUAAUCAUGGCCACGGUUUGUGACAACUGUGGAUCGCGCACGAACGAAGUGAAACCAGGCGGCGGGAUUGAGGAGCAGGGUGUAAAAAUUGAGGUGACCGUUCGGGGAAAAAUCGACUUCUCACGCGAUGUCCUGAAGUCCGAAUCGUGUAAUCUUCUUGUACGCGAAUUGGACUGUGAGGUCGGUGCCGGAGCGCUGGGUGGACGUUUCACCACGAUCGAGGGUCUUUUGACGGCGAUGCGGGAACAGCUGAUUGAAAGCACGGGUAUGUUCAUGGACUCGAACGACGCGGAAACGAAGGAGCGGAUGGAUAAAUUCUUCGGCCAGCUGGAUGAGGCGAUUGCCGGUAACAAACAGUUGACGAUAGUGCUGGACGAUCCGAGCGGUAACAGCUACGUGCAAUCGUUGAACGAUGACGGAACACCCGAUACGGCUUUGCGGAUAAUUCGCUACCAUCGUUCGUACGAGCAGAAUGAAGAGAUGGGUCUGAACGAUAUGAAAACAGAAAACUACGGCGAGGAAGCGAUGGAAGAGGGAGCAGGAGAUAAUUAAUAAGAUGAGACAAAUAUAAGGCAUACGCCCGGAUAACCCGCUUA